GGCCCAUUUUUCCUCUUUGGUGGCUAGGCAACGUGUGUGGUCCGGACGACGUCGGUGAUCCGUUGCCUAGCAACUAAUGUACGGCCCGCCGGCUUCGGAACGUGUGAGAGAAUCGUCCAAUGGGAACAUCACAUCAAUCACGUGGAUGGGAGGAGCACCGAAUGCAAAUACAUCCCCCCUGCGCUUCUACAGUUGGUCCUGAAAGUGGGUGGCCCACACACACACACAUAGACACACACGGACACGCAUACGCACAUAAACAUACACAUACACACACAAUGAAUGUUCCCAGGAUACUGCAUACGGCAGCGUGUCUCUGCUCUCGUACUACUAUGGGAUUAAAAUGAUUUCAACUGGUAACAGUAACGGUGUUACUCCUUUUUAUAUCAAGAAGGAAAGACUGCACGUGGAUCUCGUCACCAGGACUAGUUGGACGGAUGCUGCAACGGCUUUAGCACAGAUUAAUAAGGGAAAAGCGACUGGAAACAGAGCUGCACUGUGGCUGAGGGCAAAGUUGCAGUGCUAUCUAUUCCAAUUAGGAUGCUUCAUUCAGAGGAAUGCGGGAAAAGUAGUUUUUGUUGGACUUCUUGUGCUUUCUACUUUUUGUGUCGGACUUAAAUCUGCCACUUUGCAGUCUAAUGUCGAGAAAUUGUGGGUAGAAGAAGGAGGCCGAUUAGAGAGAGAAUUGGCUUACAUUAGAAACACGGUAGGUCAAGGUUUCGGUAGUACAAACCAGAUAAUAAUACAAACUCCCCGUUAUCAGGGAGUCAAUGUUUUAAAUCAAGAAACCUUGCUUACCCAUCUUCGGACGGUAAAAGAAGCGACUCAAGUCGUGGUUGACAUGUUUGAUGUGACUUGGAGAUUAAAAGAUUUAUGUUAUUCCCCGAGUGUACCAAGUUUUGACGCACAUUAUAUAGACUCGAUUUUAGAGAACUUGUUUCCUUGUGCGAUUAUUACACCCCUCGACUGUUUUUGGGAAGGAGCUAAACUACUCGGACCGGAAUUUCCAGUUACAAUACCAGGCUUAGGAAUAAAUGUACAGUGGACAAAUCUUAAUCCUCAAUUACUAGUAGAAGCUAUGAAAAAUUUUGGAAAAUAUGUUUCUGUAUUCCCAUUUGAUACUCUAGAAGAUUUCAUGAUUAGAGCAGGAAUAACAACAGCAUAUCAAGAGAAACCUUGUUUGGAUCCAACUGAUGAACAAUGCCCUGAAACAUCACCUAAUAAACAUUCUCAACAGAUACCAGAUAUAGGAGGAGAAUUAACAGGUGGCUGUUAUGGUUUUGCUACUAGAUAUAUGCAGUGGCCUGAAAAUCUUAUUGUUGGUGGAAUAACAAGAAAUAGAACAGGUCACAUAAUAAAGGCAGAAGCAUUGCAAACUGUGGUUCAACUAAUGGCUGAAAAAGAAAUGUAUGAAUUCUGGCAAGAUACUUAUAAAGUACAUAAUAUAGACUGGACUCCAGACAAAGCUAAAAUGGUUUUAGAAACAUGGCAAAGGAAAUUCACAGAGGCAGUGCUAAAACAAGCUACGAAUGCUAAUAAUACAAAAAAUCAUAAUAUAAAUGCAUUCUCGUCAACAUCUCUUACUGAUAUCAUGCAAGACUUCUCAGAAGUUAGUGUUACAAGACUUGCACUUGGAUAUAUUUUAAUGUUGGUAUAUGCUUGUGUUUCAUUACUUCAAUGGACAGAUGCAGUAAAAUCACAGAGUGGGAUUGGUAUUGCUGGAGUUUUACUUGUAGCUAUAACAGUAGCUGCAGGAUUGGGUUUUUGUGCAAUUAUUGGUAUCUCUUUUAAUGCAUCUACCACACAGAUUGUUCCUUUCCUUGCAUUAGGAUUAGGAGUUGAUGAUAUGUUCUUACUGGCUCAUACUUAUGGAGAGAAUGCCAACAUUCAUAUAUCAGCAGAAGAGCAAACUGGACAGUGUUUAAAACAAACAGGAGUCAGUGUGUUAUUAACAUCAUUUAGUAACAUGUGUGCAUUCUUUGCAGCAGCAAUCAUUCCAAUACCAGCUCUAAGAGCAUUUGCAUUGCAAGCUGCCAUCCUAGUCAUUUUCAAUGUUGCAGCAAUGCUAUUGAUAUUUCCAGCAAUAGUUAGCUUGGAUUUGAGAAGAAGAAGAAAUAAUAAAAUGGAUAUCUUUUGCUGCUUCAAUGGACAUAAUCAAAUUUCUCCAAUAAAAACUUCUGAUCGGAAAAAAGAUUUAAUUUAUAAUAAUACUCAAAUACAUCAAAUUGUUACACAUGCGCUUCCACCUGAUCUUAGUCAUGCUAUAACUGUUCUGGCUCCUCCCAUGCCUAAACAACCCAUUACUUGCUGGACAGAAAAUUCUGUAGCUUCAUCAAUUGAAAAUCUAUCAACAACAAAUUCUACAUCUACAAAAGAACUUAUUGCUGUAAAAUUAAAACAAUCUUUAAAAGAACGUGUCAGUUAUCUUUGUUUUCAUGCUCAGCAGGAUUCUUGGUCUUUAGCAUGGUUUGCAACUCAUAUUUAUGCACCAUUUUUACAAAAGACAUCAACAAAGGUUUUGACUAUAGUCCUGUUUUUGAUUGCAGUAAUAGCAAGUAUUUGGGGAAUGUUAUCUGUUGAUGAUGGUUUAGAUUUAACUGAUAUUGUACCACGAAAUACAAAUGAAUACAAAUUUCUAAGUGCUCAAAGUAAAUAUUUUGGAUUUUUCAAUAUGUUUGCUAUAACUCAAGGAAAUUUUGAAUAUCCAACCAAUCAAAAAUUGUUAUAUGAAUACCAUGAAGCAUUUACAAGAAUAGACAAAAUAAUUAAAAAUGAUGACGGAGGUCUUCCUGAUUUUUGGCUAGCAAUAUUCCGAGACUGGCUAUCUGGUCUUCAAAAAGUUUUUGAUAGAGAUUGGAAGAGAGGAUGUAUUACACAAGAAAAAUGGUAUCCCAAUGCUUCUGAUGAAGGAAUUUUAGCGUAUAAAUUAUUAGUGCAAACUGGACGUGUAGAUAAUCCCAUAGAUAAAUCAUUGGUAACAACUGUGAGAUUGGUGGAUUCUGAAGGAAUUAUUAAUCCUAAAGCAUUUUAUAACUAUCUUACUGCAUGGGUAUCCAAUGAUGUUCUAGCAUAUUCAGCAUCUCAAGCCAAUUUUAAACCAGAGCCAAGACAAUGGAUUCAUGUAGCUCAAGAUGUAGAUUUGAAGAUUCCUAAAUCUCAGGCAUUAGUUUAUACACAACUUCCAUUUUAUCUUACAAAUAUGAAAACAACUAGUGUAAUUACAAGUACAAUUCAAGCAAUUCGAGCUAUCUGCACUAAGUUUGAAAAAAAUGGACUUCCAAAUUUUCCAACUGGAAUACCGUUUACGUACUGGGAACAAUACAUAGGCUUACGUUUUCAUCUUACCAUGUCCCUUCUUUGUGUAUUUGUUGCUAUCUUCUUAGCUGUUAGCUUAGUAUUACUUAAUCCAUGGGCUGCAUUUAUUAUGGUAAGUUCAAAUCUUAAAAACAAUAAUUUAUUAUAA